AACUCGGCGGUGAGAAAGUCACCACCGAAGGAAGAGCUAUUGCCCAGACUAUUAUUCAUCGCAAGUAAAAACAUCUUUAUCGUUUUGAAGAUGCGUUAAAAUUCAUCAAAGAUGAUUCCGUGUGGCCUUUACUUUUCAUUCACCUCGAUUUGGUCGCACUUUUCAGGAAGUCCCAAACAGAUUUUUCCCGCCGUGGGCUCCCCCCUCCUCGUCUCUCCCUCCCCUUCCCCCACGUGUUUAAGGACGCAUCUCUCCUUUCUGAUUCGCAUUUGCAUCCUCAACCGCGGACCGCGGCUUGCUCUGCAAAACUGCAGGCGGAUUGUUUGUUAAAUUUUCUUUAAAACGAGAGAAAUCCGCUGUUGUCGUCGCUUUUUUUGAAGCACCGAUCAUCCCUUAAAGUAAUGACUGUUCUUAAGUAUCCAUAUGUAUUGAAUAAUAAGAGGAGAUAGUGGUGUGCUGUUCAAGACAGUCGUUCUCUAAACGGAGGCUUUGUUGUCGGUUCUAACAGCAGAUCAGCAUGUCUGGCAGUACCAAGGAAUCAUCCCCGUCGGAAGCAGCAAAUCCACUUCUUGAAAGUCUGAGAAGAUUUAAAUUUUUGAAAAAGUCACUUCUUGAUAGUCAAAAUUUGCCUCCUGCAAAAUCUAAAUCAAAUCCUGAAUGUGUAGACCUAGACGCUUCUGACAAUGAACAGCAUUCAAAGAAAAACAAGGAGAAAGAAUUGUCAAGUGGCUCAACUUUAUCAGUUUCCAGUCCGACUAAACAAAAUGGUAUCAAAUUUGGAGAUGAAAGCCCUCCAGAUAGUCCAGUGAAACCAGGAAAGAGAAAAGCCAAGGUUCUUAGUUCAGAUACUGAAGAUGAGUCUCCAAAGCCCAAUGGAGUGCGAGGAUCUAAGAAGCGUAAGUCAAUAGAAGUUGAUGAAGAAGGGCGGACUAGUGUAGAGAAUGCAUUAAUUCAACUUCUUAGUUCGUUUCCUGGGCAAGAUAUCUUAAUUUUGCAAGAUGCUCUUUCUAGAGCUAAAUGGGAUGUUGAACAGGCAAAGAUAGACCUUGCAAAAAGGUUAUCCGAUGACACCGCCAAUACCAAUACCAAUACCAAUGGUAGUGCAAAGACGCCCACUACCAACAAGAAAGUCAAUGGCUCCAGCAAAGCCAGUAAGAAAAAGAGGAAAGCAGACCUGGAUUCUUGUGAAGAGGAUAAUGAAACUGAUGAGGAUGAUGAUGGCCGAGGAUUCAAGAAGACUAAAUUAUACGACAGUGAUGCUGACUCAGAUGAAGAGAUUUCUGAUGAAAUGACAGAUGACAAACGUCAAGUUCUUAAUUUUCUGUCUGAAGCAGAUGUUGGUGAACUAUAUCAAAUGAGUAAUUGUUCUAAGAAGAAAGCUGAAUUAAUUAUAGAGUGCCGUCCAUUUGAAGGCUGGAAAGAUACUGUUGAAAAGCUUGAGAAGAAAAGUGGUUUGGGUGCUGGAAUUUUGAACAGUGCUCAGGAAUUGCUUCGAACAAGAAAGGUAGCUGCUUCACUCAUAAAAAAGUGUUCUAAGCUAUCAAGUCAGAUGGAAACAGCUAUAUCCACCGGGCUCUCAAACCUUCACAAGAAACCAAGCAUCAUGUCUGAAAAUUUGAAACUGUCAGAUUAUCAAUUAGUGGGCUUAAAUUGGUUGCUCAUGAUGAAUACCCAUCAAGUCAAUGGGAUUUUAGCAGAUGAAAUGGGUCUCGGUAAAACAGUGCAAGUCAUAGCUUUUCUCUCGUAUUUGAAAGAGAACAAAUUGAACAUUCCAGGAAAGCCUCACAUUGUCGUUGUCCCAUCUUCUACAUUAGAAAAUUGGCAAAACGAAUUUAAGAGGUGGUCUCCAUCUUUGAAUGUAGUGGUUUAUCAUGGAAACCAAGAGGAUAGGAAAUAUCAAAGAAUUGAGUGGUCUAAGGAGGGGUUUGGUGACACCGAAGUUGUUUUAACCACGUAUGCUAUGGUUACCAGUGUUUCAGAAGAGAGAAAAAUGUUUAGAGUCAUACCAUUGCACUACGCCAUUUUUGAUGAAGCUCACAUGCUCAAAAAUAUGUACACUCAAAGGUUUGAAAACCUGAUAAAAAUCAAUGCUCCAAACAGGAUACUCAUAACAGGCACUCCCCUUCAAAAUAAUUUGCUGGAACUUAUGUCUCUUUUGGUGUUUGUAAUGCCCAAAAUGUUCAAGGGAAAACAAGAGACAUUGAAGACACUUUUUACUAAAGCACCUAAACAAAUCAAGGAUGACAGUGAAAGUGCAAUGCCAAAUUUUGAGCGCACCCAAAUAGCACAAGCUAAGCAUAUCAUGAAACCAUUCGUUUUGCGAAGGCUGAAGCGUGAUGUGUUGAAAGACUUGCCAAAGAAGACAGAGGAAAUACUUAAGUGUCCUAUGACCAAAGAUCAAGAGAGAACUUACAAAGACCUCAUUGCUGAUUUUUCCAAGCAAGCAAAUGAGGAAUUGAAUGAUGAACAAAGUGAGCCAUCUGAAAGUGGAAUGGCAAUGUAUAUGAAGCUGAGGCGCCAAGCAAAUCACCCACUGCUUUUGCGACAUCACUUUACGGAAGAUAUCUUGAAGGACAUGGCCAAGAGACUUCAAGCUGAUGUUAGAUACAAGGAUGUUGUAUUUGAUUAUAUUCUGGAUGAUCUUUAUUUCCUCUCAGAUUUUGAUUUACACAAAUUGUGUCUUGAAUACAAGUCCUGUUAUAGUUUGCGUCUUCCUCCGAGUGUAAUGGGGGAAUCAGGCAAAUUGAUUGAGAUCGAUAGAAUGCUCCCAAAAUUGAAAGGAGAUGGGCAUCGUGUUCUUAUUUUCUCUCAGUUUGUAAUUGUGCUGGAUGUACUUGAAGAACAUUUCAAAAACAAAGGUUACAAAUUCCUGCGCCUUGAUGGAAAUACACCCGUCACCACAAGACAAGAUCUUAUUGACGAGUAUAAUCAAGAUCCAUCUAUUCUUAUAUUCAUGUUGUCAACCCGUGCAGGUGGUCUUGGAAUUAACCUGACCACUGCUGAUACUGUAAUAAUCCAUGAUAUAGAUUCUAAUCCACACAAUGACAAACAAGCAGAAGACCGUUGUCAUCGCAUUGGCCAGACAAAACCAGUGAAAGUAAUCCGUCUUGUAAGUGAAGGAACAAUAGAGGAAAGUAUUCUAGUUUUGUCUCAAGAAAAAUUACUGUUAGAACAGGAAGUCUCUGGCAAUGAAGAUAAUGAACAAUCCGAGAAAAAAAAUGUGGCUAGACUGCUUAAGCAAGCCCUGGGGCUAGACAACAAAAGCAGUCCCAGUUCUUCCAAGCAACUUUCAAAAUCGAACUCCAAAUGAAGUAUACCACAUUCUCUUCAGUAAUUCAGCUCAGUUCUCUGUGAUCAUAUUACCUGUGUUUUAAACUUCCGUACAAAUUUCGUUUAUCUUCUUAACUUUUUCUUAAUCAAUUUUAAUUUAUAUUGAUGAUGGUUGCAUCAUAAGUAUUUUAUUAUUUGCUUAUUUUACAUUGCUUUAACUUAUGGGCAGGGUAUGUUGGAGAAACCACUGUGUCUGUACCCUGUUCACUGCCUAUCAUGUUUUAGUUAAUUCCUGUUUUUUUUUGUUUUUUUUUGUUAUUUUUAAUAAUAUUUAAGUUUUAAAUUUUGCACUGCAUUUCAUAUAGGGUCCAGGUAUGGUUCCAACCACCUUAAACCCAUCUUACUUUGUUUAGAGGUUGGAUGGUAGAUCUCUUAGUUCUGGUUCAUGGAUGCAGUGUUUAUUUUUCAUCAGUUAGCAAUAUUAAUUUCUCUUGCAUUUUAAAUCAGACAAGUCAGAUUAGGCACAAAUCUCACAUUCCUCUACUCUUUUUUGUUGUUCUUAAUUAGUUUAAGAGUAUGUCCUUUCGGAACAUUUCAAUCAUGUUAUAUUCCCUUGUGUGUUUUCUUUUUCAUGGUCACAAGAUGGUAUUUAUAUUGUAUUGCUGUGAAACUUUCUGUACAAAUUAUUGUGAUACAUGUUACAUUAUUGUAUUAGUGUCUGUCCCCACUUAAUUAACUUCAUCUCUUCUUUUACCUGCUGGACAGGUGAGUUCCUUUGUGAUGGGAGUGUGCACAAGUGUCAUUAAUUUCUGUGCACGCACUUAUAUUUGUGUAGAGAAGAGAAGAGGGAUGGCUUUGAUUUGCUGAGGAUUUCUUAGCAACAUUGCAAGAGCUGGUGCAUAAACACAGGGCAGUGGCAACUUCGGCCAAUGAUUCUUGCCUGGCGGGUUUUAUUCUUCGUUCCCCUCCCACAGUUGUCUAAUGCCAGGUCAGGGGUGUGUGGGUUAUGCAAUUAGCCAUUGAGUGGUUGUGGGCCGUACUGGCAAAAGUGUAGAUAAUGAUAAGUCUAGCUGGAGGUGAAAAGUUCUGUCUGAGGCCUUUGACUUUGUAUCACACUGAAGUAAGUUAUAAAGCUGUCUAUUGAUUGAUUGUGAUACCUUCGUGUACACAUAGGAUCACCCUGAAUACUCAAAUUAAUUUUUAUUUUUCAUUCAAUAAAGUAGGUGCCCUAUUUCUUA